AUGGCAGCAGUAACCAAAAUCCUGGAAGUGGUGUUCGACUCCUCCGCCGGCCCCAAGAGCAUGCCCGUGCUCGCCUUCGGCACGGCAAACGACAACUUACAGCCUGACACGUUGAAAAUGGUAAUGGUUGAGGCCAUCAAGCUCAGCUACAGGCAUUUUGAUACGGCUUCGAUAUAUGGCUCUGAGCAGACUCUGGGCAAAGCCAUUAAGGAAGCUCUCGAACUUGGCCUUGUUGAUUCCAGAGACCAGCUCUUCAUCACUUCAAAGCUAUGGUGCAAUGAUGCUCACCCUGAUGCGUCUUUGCUGCCAGUCAAGUGGAAGAAGAUAAGGGGUAUGAUGAUAACAAUUUUCAGCAUGGCAAAAAAUGAUGUGAUGUUGCAUGGUGAGCAGCAAAUUCGUCAUCAUACAAGGCAUGUGGAGGAAGGAGUUUUAAGUGGCAAUGACCACCGACUAAAGCAUGACACUGAAAUUGAGGAGUUGUUAGAUGGUGAAUCACAGGCAGGAAAUUAG